ACGUCAAUUAUUCCGCGUUGGCCUGGACGUGGCACCGAGGAGGAGCUGCGCCCACUCCGGUUCGUCUCCGUCUGUUCCCGGUGCGUUCUCCGGCUCUGACCAGCAGCUGCUCCCGGACUAACCGGCUGACCUCCUGCCGCCGCUGAACCGGGACAUUUCAAUAAAAUGGGCCUGACGAUCUCGUCUCUGUUCUCCCGGUUCUUCGGGAAGAAGCAGAUGAGGAUCCUGAUGGUGGGUUUGGACGCAGCUGGGAAAACAACGAUCCUCUACAAACUGAAGCUCGGAGAGAUCGUCACUACCAUCCCUACUAUCGGUUUUAAUGUGGAGACGGUGGAGUAUAAGAACAUCUGCUUCACGGUUUGGGACGUUGGCGGUCAGGACAAGAUCAGACCUCUGUGGAGACACUAUUUCCAGAACACACAGGGUCUGAUCUUUGUGGUGGACAGUAACGACAGAGAGCGAGUCGCUGAGUCGGCAGAGGAACUUUCCAAGAUGAUCCAGGAGGACGAGUUGAAGGAAGCGGUUCUUCUGGUGUUUGCGAACAAACAGGAUCUUCCCAACGCCAUGGGGGUCAGCGAACUCACCGACAAACUGGGUCUGCACAACCUGCGCAGCAGAACUUGGCACGCUCAGGCCACCUGUGCCACUCAGGGUACAGGUCUGUAUGAGGGUCUGGACUGGUUGUCCAAUGAGCUGUCGAAGCGCUAGACAACCUGACAGGAAACAGGAAGCAGCAGACUGAUGUCAUCGACUGAUGUCACCGUGUACAAACUGAGGAGAAGGAGGAGGAGGGGGAGCAUUUCACAGACUGUUUUUGUUUUGUUUUUUUAAAUUAUAAAUGUUUCUGUCUGUAGGAGGAAGUGAUGUCAUGGACUCUGAGCUCACUUUGAUUUCCCAUCAUCCUCUCUGUUCUUCCUGCAGUUGUUUGUUAGAUCUGUUUUUUCUUUUAAUCCGCAUGUUUUAACUGAUCACGUGACAGGAAGUGGAUCAGGAGGGGUGGGGCUUAUGACAGGUGACGGUUACCUGUUGAGGGUGGGGUUUGUGAACUGUGACCGUUACUUGGGGGACAGAGGGUGGGGUUACCCACAGGUGACAGUUACCUGUAGAGGGACAGGGGGCGGGGUUACCCACAGGUGACAGUUACCUGUGGAGGGACAGGUGACAGUUACCUGUAGAGGGACAGGGGGUGGGGUUACACACAGGUGACAGUUACCUGUCUUGUGAUGACUCAUUCCAUGGAGCCAAACCUGAAGGCCUCGUCAUUCCUUUUCAAUGUGAAGAAGAAACAGAGACAACAAUGAUGCAAUAAAGGUUUUUUUUCUUCUCA